AUGGCUACUAUUCUACAGAUCAUACUGACAACCAUUUUCAUUGUUGAGUUCUUCAUUGGAAAUUUGGGGAAUGGAUUCAUAGCACUGGUAAACUGUAUGGACUCUGUCAAGAGAAGAAAGAUUCCAUCAGUGGAUAAGAUCCUCACUGCUCUGGCAAUCUCCAGAUUCACUGUAGUAUGGGUCAUAUUUCUAGAUUGGGUGGUGUUUAUAAAAACCUACCCUUUAUUGAUGACUAGAAAUACACUAAGAAUAAUUCACGUUGCCUGGAAUAUAAGCAAUCAUUUCAGCCUCUGGCUUACUACUAGCCUCAGCAUCUUUUAUUUUCUUAAGAUAGCUGUCUUUUCUAAUGCUCUUUUCCUUUACCUAAAGUGGAGAAUUAAAAGGGUGAUUUUGAUGGCAUUGCUGCUAUCACUUGUCCUUUUGAUUUUGAAUACAUUUCUAGUUACCAAAUAUAUUGACGCCUGGAUUGAUGGAUACAAAAUGAACACAUCAAGUUUUGUAGAAUUUCCCAGGUUUAUUUUAUUGCCAAGUUUAAUGUUCACAUUGGUACCCUUUGGGGUAUCCUUGACAGCUUUCCUCCUCCUAAUCAUUUCCCUUUGGAAACACAUCAGGAAGAUGCAGUGUUAUACCAAAGGUUGCAAAGAUAUCAGAACCUUGACGCACAUCACAGCCUUGCAGACUGUAGUCGUCUUCCUCCUAUUUUACACCACUUUCAUUCUGUCUCUAGUUCUAGAGUUUUGGGUGUUUGAUAUAGAGAAAAGGGCAACUCUUCUGUUUGCAAGGGUCACUAUAACAAUUUUUCCUUCCAUACACUCAUGUGUCUUCAUUCUGGGACACAGGAAGCUGAGACAGGACUUGCUUUCAGUAUUGUGGUGGCUGAGGUAUUGGAGCAAGCAUGUGAGAACUUUGGAUCCAUGA